CGGAAGAUGCAUGUGGAGGAACAAUGAGGGGAUCCAGUGGUGUCGUCUCUAGUCCUAAUUUUCCAAAUGAGUACCACAAUAAUGCAGACUGUACGUGGACAAUUGUGGCAGAACCCGGAGACACUAUCUCACUCAUCUUUACAGAUUUUCAUAUGGAAGAGAAAUAUGAUUACCUGGAAAUAGAAGGUUCUGAACCACCCACAAUAUGGUUAUCUGGAAUGAAUAUCCCACCUCCAGUUAUCAGCAACAAAAACUGGCUAAGACUUCAUUUUGUAACAGACAGCAACCACCGAUAUCGCGGAUUUAGCGCCCCUUAUCAAGUGAAAAAGGCCAUAGAUUUUAAAUCUAGAGGAUUUAAAUUGUUUCCAGGGAAAGACAACAGCAACAAGUUUUCUAUCUUAAAUGAAGGAGGUAUCAAACAGGCAUCAAAUUUGUGUCCAGAUCCUGGAGAACCUGAGAAUGGAAAACGAAUAGGCUCAGACUUUAGCUUGGAUUCAACAGUGCAGUUUUCUUGUGAUGAAGACUAUGUGCUACAGGGGGCAAAAAGCAUUACUUGCCAAAGGAUAGCGGAAGUUUUUGCAGCAUGGAGCGAUCACAGACCAGUGUGCAAAGUCAAGACAUGUGGAUCUAAUCUUCAAGGACCAGGUGGCACAUUCACAUCCCCCAAUUUUCCUUUCCAGUAUGACAGUAAUGCUCAGUGUGUUUGGGUUAUCACAGCCAUCAAUCCAAAUAAGGUUAUUCAAAUUAAUUUUGAAGAAUUUGACCUGGAAAUUGGCUAUGAUACACUAACAAUUGGGGAUGGAGGUGAAGUAGGUGAUCCUAGAACUGUGCUCCAAGUAUUAACAGGAAGCUUUGUGCCGGAUUUAAUCGUUAGCAUGAACAAUCAGAUGUGGCUGCAUCUUCAGACCGAUGAAAGCGUGGGCUCAGUUGGUUUCAAAGUUAACUACAAAGAGAUUGAAAAAGAAAGUUGUGGAGAUCCAGGAACACCGUUGUAUGGCAUCAGAGAAGGAGAUGGGUUUUCCAAUCAUGAUGUGUUGCGUUUUGAAUGCCAGUUUGGAUUUGAAUUGAUUGGAGAAAAAACUAUUGUUUGUCAAGAGAACAACCAGUGGUCAGCAAACAUCCCUAUAUGCAUUUUUCCUUGCCUAUCUAAUUUCACGGCACCAAUGGGAACUGUUCUGUCUCCUGACUACCCAGAAGGAUAUGGGAAUAAUUUGAAUUGCAUCUGGACAGUCAUCUCAGACCCUGGGAGCCGCAUUCAUCUGUCUUUCAAUGAUUUUGACCUGGAAUCUCAAUUUGACUUUCUUGCAAUUAAAGACGGUGAUUCUCCUGAUUCUCCAAUACUUGGCACAUUCACUGGAGCUGAAGUGCCAUCCCAUCUGACUAGUAACAGCCACAUUUUACGCUUGGAAUUUCAAGCUGACCAUUCAAUGUCAGGCCGAGGAUUUAAUAUCACCUAUAACACAUUUGGACAUAAUGAGUGUCCUGAUCCUGGUAUACCAAUCAAUGCACGUCGAUUUGGAGACAAUUUUCAACUGGGAAGUUCUAUCUCUGUGAUUUGUGAAGAUGGUUUUAUUAAAACUCAAGGAACUGAAACAAUUACUUGUGUUUUGAUGGAUGGUAAAGUCAUGUGGAGUGGACCUAUCCCUAAGUGUGGAGCUCCAUGUGGUGGACAUUUUGCAGCCCCCAGUGGAGUCAUCCUUUCCCCAGGCUGGCCUGGCUAUUAUAAAGACUCCUUGAAUUGUGAGUGGGUGAUUGAAGCAGAACCAGGACACUCUAUCAAAAUUACAUUUGAAAGAUUCCAGACAGAACUCAAUUACGAUGUUCUUGAAGUACAUGAUGGACCAAAUCUUUUGUCACCACUUCUUGGAUCUUACAAUGGUACACAAGUCCCUCAAUUUUUAUUCAGUAGCAGCAAUUUCAUUUAUCUCUUGUUUACAACAGAUAAUAGUCGAUCUAAUAACGGAUUCAAAAUCCACUAUGAAAGUGUAAUGGUUAAUACCUACUCCUGUUUGGACCCUGGUAUACCUGUACAUGGUCAUCGUUAUGGACAUGAUUUUUCCAUUGGAUCAACUGUGUCAUUUGGGUGUGACCCAGGCUACAGACUAAAUCAUGAGGAACCUCUGCUUUGUGAGAAGAACCACUGGUGGAGCCAUCCGCUUCCAACUUGUGAUGCUCUAUGUGGAGGGGAUGUUAGAGGACCUAGUGGAACAAUUCUGUCUCCUGGUUAUCCUGAACUGUAUCCAAAUUCAUUGAAUUGCACAUGGACUGUGGAUGUAACACAUGGAAAAGGAGUGCAGUUCACCUUUCACACCUUCCAUUUGGAAGAUCAUCAUGACUACCUACUAAUCACAGAGAAUCGCAGCUUCACUCAACCACUAGCACGCCUGACUGGUUCAGAACUACCAUCUCCAAUCAAUGCUGGUCUCUAUGGAAAUUUCAGGGCUCAAUUGCGCUUUAUUUCUGACUUUUCAAUAUCUUAUGAAGGAUUUAAUAUUUCGUUCUCGGAAUACAAUCUAGAACCAUGUGAGAACCCUGGAACACCUCAAUUUGGAAGUAGAAUUGGAUAUACCUUUGAAGUAGGAGAUACUCUUACUUUCUCCUGUUCUUCUGGAUACCGCUUAGAGGGAGUUUCAGAAAUCAUCUGCCUUGGUGGUGGCCGAAGAGUGUGGAGUGCACCUCUGCCCAGCUGAAUGUGGAGCUUCUGCCACCACUAAUGAAGGAAUAUUACUGUCCCCCAAUUAUCCCCUCAACUAUGACAAC